AUGGCACUAGCACGCCUGGGCGAAGACCUUCAGCGCGCGCUGGCCAGGCUGGAGACCCCUACCGGCACGCCUUGCACCACGCCCCGCGAGACGGGCACGUCGGCUGGCACUUCGACCGGGACGGCGACGCCCCGCGUGAACGACGGAUACAGCAGCAAGUCUGGUCUCCUCGGAGACUGGCAGGCGUGGUGGCACACAGGGCAGUGCCAGCAGGACGCGGCCCCAGGCCGAGGCGAUAGGACCGGCCCUGCGCCGACGCCAGCCAGCUGGAAGACGCCAGGCCUCCAGGCUGCUGCAGCACAGGGUGGCGUUGCCGGCGGCACCGACAAGGCGCCCGAGUUGGCCAAGAUUGCCAGCGUAGCGCGCCCCCCGGACGGCCAAAGCGGAGGCCUCGCGCCCCCAGGCGGUGGAGUGGUCCACUUCAGACUGGUCGGGUGCCUUCGCCCUGCCAAGCCAGACUUGUGCCGCGGCGGGGGCGUGCGCAGCCCGGUUGCGCCAGGACGGGAGACCGUCGAGGAGCGCGCGCAUGCCGCGCAGCGGAUGCCGGGGACGGCGGCCAAGCCCGAACGGGACCGCGCAGGCGAGCGGGACUCGAUUGGCCACCGGGCAGACGAGCCAGCCCUGGAGCCCCGCGGCUGGGAGACGAUGAGGACUCUGCAGCGCCAACUGCUGAACCAGUCAAGCAACCUCGCGGCCGCUGUUAAGCAGAAGGCGAUGCCAGGCCAGUGUCCGGGCGACGCUGGGAGCGGGGCGAGCACCGCAGGGAGCGGGGCUGACAGCGGCUGCGGCUGCAGCAGCUCAGAGUGCGAGGAGACUACGCGUUCGCAUGAACUUGCGCCGAGCUUGGGAGUGCUGAUCAACAAAGGACUCGGGAAGGCACAGCCUCGGCACCUGCAAGCCGCGCCCUCGGCGGCCCGGACGGCUGCAAGAGCGGCCUCGAUUGCGAGUAUUGCCACCUAUGUCCGAAGAACGAGAAGAAGAUCCGGAAGCAGAGAUGGAAGGACCGAGCGCAAGAGGGAGGCGGCCGACAUGGACGCCCCAGCAGCCGCAGAGGCACCCGCCGAGACUGCAGCCGCGGUGACAUUUUCCAGUGCAGCUGCAGCAGAGGCGCUCUAAGCAGGCCCGGCACCUCUGCUGCCGAGGCGGCGCGGGCCCUGCGGCGCAGCCCCGCAGCAUGCCGGGCGGCCCGCGCAGCCGCCACCCGCCGCCCACCACCGUGCGCUGGUGCCUCGGAAAUCCCGCUGGGUGGCGCAGCCACUGGAUCUCCCUGGUCGCCGGCGGUGAGGCGCGAUUUUCCUGCGCCCACCCCACCCCCGCCCCCCACCCCGCCCAGCCUUGCCCCACUGCGACUCGUGCAGGCUGGCAGGCGCCGCGCGACCUUGCAUGCUACAGGAAUUCGUAACGCGAUGGAGAAGGAGUCGUUCGCGUGCCGAUUGCCAUAAUGGCUAAACGCCAAGUGAACCCUGGAAAGGCUUCACCAAAUAGUAAUUCGUAUCUGGCAGCGCACACUUUAAGAUCGACCUUCUCCCACCCACGAGCUGGCUGCGGUAUCAAAUUGCCGAUGCACCUCCACAAUUGAUUACACAAGUCUGAAUGGACAAGCGUAUCUAAGCGCUGCGCAUUGUACCUAGCAGGCGAUUUGAAGUACAUUUGAAGCCCUUGAUUGUGUGGCGUUGAGAUGGUUAAUUCAUGAAUGGCAUUCGCACGCCUUUCAGAUAGUCAUGCGGUUGUGACAGAUUCUGGCCUUGCUGCCCUAGAGUCCGCAGGCUUAUAGAAUGCAUUCGAAGUGAUACACGGCACUUGUCAGAAACCCCAUUGACGACGUGGUGGUAUUGAAUAUGUGGGUUUUCUCGAGUUCGUCGGCGAGGCAUUGUUGUAGAUAGUAGAAUGUUGAUGGACGCGCACGGCUGAAUUAUCGAAGACUACGUUGCAUCGUUGCACUUCUGAUUGGAUCGUUGGUACAAACUGGAAACACUGCACGCCAGUGUGACAGACGUUUCCAUUGGCGCAGGAUCUCACCAGAGGCAAAGACUUACGGCUGGGAAGCGUGGGGUCCGUCGUGUAUUGUGCCUUUUCUGCGCCCUUUACGGCUGCAUCAAUUGCUCUGCGAAGUCGCGCACAAGUUGUUUGUACAGACCUAAGGCCGCGGAGUUGAGAUGUGGACUCUGGAAGUCUACGCCCGUGAAUCCUGAGAGGCUUACCAAAGUUGUGGCUUCUCGUUGCAGGCAUGUGGUAGGAGAUUUUUGACGAAACGCAAACUCAACCGCUGCAUGGAGCUACUCGGAGCACCAGUCUGCAAACUGGUACGCGUGCGCUCUUCGCCGAGAUUGUGACCCGGCAUACUUAGUAAGUUUUCGCAGCAGGGCGAGCAAGAUAGUCGGCAGACGUUCCGACAGCAGAGAAAGGUAAGUAGGCAGGAUGGCAGUGAGUGUGGCAAUUGUAGAGCCAAUUUUGUUGGCCGCUAGCGCAUGGAUCUGGAACCCACCUCGUUUUUCUUGGCGGUGUAGUUCAAGCAAAGGCCGCCGAUGGAUGCCCACGCGCGCGCGCGCCCGAAAAAGUCGUUGCA